AACGACAAUCCUCCUGUGCCCGCCCGGACUACACUCCGCUUUUGGAAUUCCUAUUCAAAUAGUAGUACAUAAUACAAUAUUCAACUAUUUGUACGUCCAAUCCAAUUUCCGUCAGUAUCAAUAAACUACUACAUCUAUUAUCUAACACAAACAUAAUCGCCGGCGAAGAACCGGCUCACGAGUCGUCGACCUCAACUACAUACACAUACGUAUACACGGACUCAUAAAAUUUGCUUAAUUAUAUCUAUCUAUAUAUAUAUAUAGAGAGAGAACGAGGUUCAUAUUGCAGAGGAAUGGCGAUGGUAGACGCGGAGGCGAUUGUAAAAGAACUGAGGGAGACGUACGCGAGUGGGAAGACGAAGAACUAUGAGUGGAGAGUGUCGCAGUUGAAAGCUCUGUUGAAGAUCGCAGAGCAUCACGAGAAGGAGAUCGUCGAUGCUCUUAAUUCCGACCUCUCUAAGCCUGAACUUGAAUGUUUUGUUCACGAGAUUUCUAUGAUGAAAACAUCGUGUAAGCAUGCAUUGAAGCAACUAAAACGGUGGAUGAAACCAGAAAAGGUCAAAACUUCAUUAACUACGUUUCCUUCAUCAGCUGAAAUUGUUCCAGAACCCUUCGGUGUUGUAUUGGUCAUAUCAGCCUGGAACUAUCCAUUCUGUAUGUGAAAAACUGUACAUUUAUCUCCUUCA